AUGUCCAACACCCGGCCGCGAUAUUCACAACAAGGGCCCGGGGUUCGCUUGCAGCAUCAGGGCCAUAAAUCAAAGAGGGUCUCAUAUAAAAGAGUGCAUAAAUUACAAGAGGGCCCGCAUAUUCGUAAUUGGAUUGAUGUGUAUUUUACCCCAGCCUUAGCAAACUCCUCUGAGCAAUUGAUUGCUGAGGCCAGCAAGGAUGUUGAAAUAUGCACCAAGGGAAUUGAAAAAAUAGCCAAUGUGAUGUAUGAAGCUGUAAAGAAUGAAACAUUUAGCAUAAAGAAUUGGAAAAAGCAUGAACUUAAUCCAAAGACAAUGGAUGCAGCUGCUAUUGACUGGAUUUUUUUAGUUGAUACUUUAAAUUUUUCCUUCUGGCAUGCUGACGAAGAGAACAAAUUUGUUGUUAAUUACAAUGGUAAAGGGUGGACUGGCUAUUGGUCAUUGUGUGCAGCUAUAAACCGAGCAAUUGAUAAUGGCAUUCCUGUUACAUCAGCCGAUUAUUAUGCCAGCAUUUCACAAGAACAACUUAUGGAUAUAUUCAAAUCUGAUUCUGCUCAAAACAUCCCAAUGCUUGAAGAAAGACUCGAGGUACUACAUGAAACAGGAAAGAUCCUUUUACAGAGAUGUGGUGGCAGUUUCGUACACUGUAUCAGGAUGUGUGACAACAGUGCUGAGAAAUUGCUUCACUUUGUGACGACUAACUUUCCGUCUUACCAAGAUGAGGCAGAAUUUGGGAACAAACAAGUUGCUUUUUACAAAAGAGCCCAAAUCUUGAUUGCUGACAUCUGGGCUUGUUUUGAGGGUCAAGGACUGGGUUUCUUUUAUGAUAUUGAUUUCCUCACUAUCUUUGCAGACUACAGAAUUCCUCAAGCUCUCAAUUACUUUGAAGUUCUUAAAUAUUCGGAUAGUCUCAUGAAGAUUCUUGAGAAAGAUAAGCUGCUUGUCAGUAAGGAUCGGCUGGAAGUAGAAAUCCGCGGCUGUACAAUUUGGGCCAUUGAGCUGAUCAAAGAAGAAACUAAGAAACUUUUAGAAAAGGAUCCUGAAACCAAAGAUGCUCUUUUCAAUUCAGUUCUCAUCGAUUAUUUUCUUUGGGAUUACAGAAGAGACCAUGCAGACGGCAUGAAACAAGUUCCAUUCCACAAAGUCAGGUCUAUAUAUUAUUAA